GCGCGCGUUGUUCCCGCCCACUGGUGGUUUCGGGUGAGAGCUCGGUCACACAGACCGCCGCAAAGACAAGUUCGGCUCGGGGGGAAGCUCGCUGUUUUGCCGCAGUUAUGGCGGCUCCACUGGCGCAGUUUGAUGAGGACUGGCAGGAUUUCAAUGAGUUCAGGCCGUUGUCGGACCCGCAGAGCUGCCUGGAUGCAGUGAACUGGAAGGCCGGCGACGUGCCGGGCCUGCUGGAGGACUUUCCGGAGCUCGAGGGCGGCCUCUCGGGCGACACGGGCAGCUUUCAGUCCAUGGAGGAUUUGGUGAACAGCUUCGAAGAGAAGCUCACCGUGUGUUUCCGAAACUACAGCACGAAAACCGAGAGCUUUGCCCCAGUGAAGCCUAUAACGGAGGACAGCAUGCUGAAGGAUGACGAGAUCUGGAAUGCACUGACUGGUAACUAUGGCAACGUGAUGCCAGUGGACUGGAAGACAUCCCACGCUCGGUCCUUGCAUCUCCCUACCCUCAACCUCGCGGAAAAGGGGAAGCCGGAAUCCGCGAACCUGGACCUGUCUGAUGAUGAGGAAUUGCGGGAGCAGCUGGACAUGCACUCCAUCAUCGUCUCCUGCAUCACCGACGAGCCCCUCUUCACUGCCGAGCAGGUGAUUGAGGAGAUCGAGGAGAUGAUGCAGGAGUCUCCAGACCCCGAGGAGGAAGAGAACCCUUCUCAGUCAGACCUGUCCCUGCUCUCGCAAGAGGGUCACUCGCUCCAGAGGUCUUGUACGAGCAGCAGUUAUGAGGAACGACUGAAGCACAUGUCAGUAGCGGAGUUGAACGAGCUCUUGGAGGAGGUGGAGAUGGAGAUCAGGGAGUACUCAGAGGAGCUGAUCCAGCAGCUGGCGCUGCGGGACGAGCUGGACUUCGAGAAGGAGGUGAAGAACAGUUUCAUCAGCGUGCUGAUUGAGGUGCAGAAUCGGCAGAAGGAGCAUCGGGAGCUGCUGAGGAAGAAGAGGAGGCUGCGUGGGGGAGGAGGCCACCAGGGCCGGGCGGAGAGAGCCCAGGCACCUGGGACGCGCUUCAGCAUGGAGGUCCUCUCCACCGCCAUUCAGAAUGGCUUCCGCCACACGUUCGGCAGCGCGCUCGGGGACAAACAGUACCUGACCACUGUCAUUCCCUAUGAGACGAAGGGGGGGCCUCCUUCAGUGGAAGAUCUUCAGAUUCUCACCAAGAUUCUGCGUGCCAUGCGGGAGGACAGCGAUAAGGUGCCGAGCCUCCUCACAGAUUACAUCCUCAAAGCUCUGGUGUGAGGGCUGUGGAGUCAGAGUUCUGUGUCCUACGUAGAACAGGCAGGAACACUGAGUGCAUCCUGAGCGUUUUACCGGAAAGACUGAACCCUGACAAAGCAUUUUGGAAGCGUGAAGCGGAAGACCUUGACCUUCCAAGGCCACAUGCAUGACAUUCUACACAUCUAACAUCCUUUCAUGCGUAGUAUUUUAUCUUUCUUUUUUAUGUUUUUUUUUUUUUUCUCCUUUUUAAUACUUUGUGGUAGCUAGUUCAGAUUUUAAUUGUUAGCAUGUCCUUAUGCUGUUGGCAGCAUUAACUUCAAAUCCGCCUGAUUCUAGACGAGCUUCUGAAUCCUAACAUUUAGGGGGAAGCUUUGGAAACACCGUGCCCCUGUACAGUUCACUGCAGAGGCAUUGAAGAUGUGAUAUUGCAGUACUGGCCUUUCAAUGGUCUGCACUCCUCUUACUGAGAGCCUCAGUGGAGUACACUGCAUUAUGGGUUCUCAUGCUUGAGACAGGUUCCCAUCCUAAGAGCUUCUGUUUGACAGACUCCGAGGGCUCGUGGUUAGCUUAGGCCCUAGGCGUUCUCUGUACAGUCACUGUGCGCUGUGUACACAGCCUAAAACGAAUGACGUGGGUGGGUCCCAGCAGCCACCAUGGCAGGAUGUGGCGUGACGCGAUUGCCAUAGUGAUCACACAAAGGGGCUGAUCUUAUGCCUUUCUAGCCCCUUCACCCCAGCCAAACGGCAUGGCCAUCCGUCCAUCUACUCCUUUAUCAAAACACUAAAACGUUGCCUUUACUGCCUGUAAUUUUGUAUAUAAGUCAUUGUCUAAUUUGUGGCUAAUUUAUUCACUUUGUUUUGUAACUCUAUAGCAGUACAUACAUUUUGUAUCCAACAAGCAUUAACUGAAAAUAAAUGAGUAAGAUAAAAAAACAUA